AUGCUGAACACUGUCCCUGCUCUGAUGGCGGCAGCUCUGAUGCUGUUCAGUAAAACAUCACGGUCCUUCGAGAUGAUCCUGAUGGCCCGUCUGCUGUAUGGCAUGAACGCAGGUAACAGCAGCUGUGUGACCUGCACCUGUUUGUGUGACCUGCACCUGUAUGACUUGCACCUGUGUGACCUGCACUUGUGUGACAUGCACCUGUGUGACCUGCACCUGUAUGACCUGCACCUGUGUGACCCGCACUUGUGUGACCUGCACCUGUGUGACCUGCACCUGUAUGACCCGCACUUGUAUGACCUGCACCUGUGUGACCUGCACCUGUGUGACCCGCACCUGUGUGACCCGCACCUGUGUGACCUGCACCUGUAUGACCUGCACCUGUGUGACCUGUAG